AUGGAUGAAAAGAUGAUGCUCACUCGCUGUGCUUCGGUAAGACCAUUGAUCUUGUCCAUUCUUGGGGCUGCCUUGUUUGUCGGAAUACCAACAGACUUGCAGGCGCAAAAGCAGCAGGCAGGUGCGGACGAUCAACAAGUGACCUGGGAUCUUGAUCGUGCUCUCGAGCAUCUGACGAUGUACCCGAACGAUACGUAUCUGCAAUACGUUGCGAUGCAACUGGCUCGCCGUCAGGGAAUCGAAAAAGAGAUUGGGCGAAAAAUUGCAGAGAUCACCAAUUCAGCUCGGCCUGAGUGGAGACGACGUCAAGAUGGUGUCAACCUUUUCAGCUUGUUCACCGGGACGCUGGCGAUUCAGGAAAGUCUCCAGUUGGAAGCGAUGGCAGGUGGGCCGGUCAAUUCUCGACUAGGUCGCAAUAAUCAAACUUCUCAGCUGACAAACAAGUCAUCUGCAACAGUUGCGGUUGAAACUCUGCAAGGGCCUCAAACGAAAAGCCAUCCCUGGCAGGAGAUGCUGGCUGGUCGUGAGCCAAAGACAAGCCAGUUAGCCAAAUACAUCCCGGAGGAUCAAUAUUACAUCCGCUUCCAGUCAGUGGACAAACUCUUACAGGUGUUGCAGCUGAGUGAUCAAUGGGGCGAGCACUUGAUUAGCCAGACUGCCAGAAAAGCCUACUCAUCUCAGGUGAACCAACGGUUGAUGCGGCAACUCGCUGUCGAAACAAAUGAAUUGUUGCAGCCGUUUUAUGAUCUCGUUGUGACAGAACUCGCUGCCACGGGAAAUGAUCUCUAUCUGACACGCGGAAGUGACAUCACAUUGUUGUUCCGCUACCAGCAACCGCUUGUCUUCAAAACACAAAUGGAGACGUUUCUCGCCAACGCAAUUCAGGCGACUCCAGAUGCGAAAAGAUCACAGGGAGAAUACCGCGGCAUUGAAUACGAGAGUGUGAUCUCCCCUGACCGCAGACUUUCUGUGUACUCUGCCUAUGUGGGAGAUGAUCUUCAUUUGAGAAGUAAUUCUCUGAUCGGCUUGCAACGUGUGAUCGACACUUUUGAGGGAGAUCUCUCUCAUCGUCGUCCCAACUUGGCAGACUCGGAUGAAUUCAAAUACAUCAGGACUUUGAUGCCUUUGGGAGCAAAAGAAGAGGAUGGACUGAUCUACCUGUCCGAUCCCUUCAUCCGCCGGCUGACCGGACCCACUUUAAAAUUGACCGAACGCCGCCGUGUGAUCAGUUACAACCAUCUCAAGAUGAUCGCUCAUGCUUGUGCUCUUUUUGAGACAGAACAUGGUCGCGUGCCGAAGAGUCUCGCUGAGCUGAUUGAAGAACAAGCUCUGCCGGCGGAGUUUGGUUCGGAAGUCCUGCUUUGCCCAUCUGGAGGAACAUAUUCAUUGGGUGCCGAUGGCAGAACAGGUGUUUCCUCACAUUGUGGAACCGUCGCUGCUUUGAACCCAUGUUGCGAAAUCGCUGUCGAGAAGGUUUCAGAGGAAGAGGCGAAACUUUAUCGGGAAUUUGUGGAAUCAUACGAACGCUACUGGCGGACUUUCUUUGAUCCGAUCGCGAUCCGAGUUUCUGUCGAACCAGAUCAAUUCCGCAUGGAGACGAUCAUCCUGCCGUUGAUCAAUAACUCCAUCUACCAGGGGAUGGCAGCCACACUCGGCGAGGAACCAACUCCUAUUGACGUCGCUCCCGUCCCCAAACGAAAUAUCUUCAGCAUGGGUUUCCAGUUCGACAAGGAGCGGAUGUUGAAGAUGUCCGGUUGGGAGCCGAUUGAAGACGAUCCGGCUGAUGAGUCUUCCUCGAAAUUCUUACAAGAGGUCACUCAGCAAAGAAUGAAGCAAGUCGCUCUGGCGAUGCACAACUAUCAUGACGCCAAUCAACAUUUCCCUCCGCUGACAACACGUGACAAAAGCGGGAAAGAAUUACUCAGCUGGCGGGUGCAAUUGCUGCCGUAUCUCGGUGAAUCAGAACUGUAUAAAGAGUUUCACCUCGACGAGCCUUGGAGUAGUGCCCACAACCGAAAGCUAAUUGAGAAGAUCCCUGCUGUCUUUACCAUUCCUGGAGAAAAGAAGCAGGAAGGUCGCACCACAUUACAGGCAGUGAUAGGCGAACAGACUCUGUUCCCGCGCCGAGGAGAAGGAACCUCAAUGCGAUCGGUGACAGAUGGAACCUCAAAUACGAUUAUGUUCGUUGAUACUCAAAUUCCCGAAGCGACAAUCUGGACGCGGCCAGACGAUUUAAAGUUCGAGGAUGAGAAACUCGCCGAAAAGAUCGUCGGAAAAUUUGAGGGCAAUGGCUACAUUGCCAUGGGAGAUGGGUCCGUCCGCCGACUCACCGCCGAGACCAGUUUGCAGAAUCUCAGAUUCGCUCUCACUAAAGCGGGAGGAGAAAAUCGAGGACGGAUUGGGGAAAGAAUCAACAAUCCUCGCCGCAAUCGAUCCGGGUUUGCCUACUGGUUAACAAAUAUACGCGAUGGUCAAGUGAACCAGAAACUGGCCUAUGAGUUCUACGCCCGUGGAAUCAAGAACCAAAUGGCAUUUCAUGUUUAUGACUCAGAGCCAACAUUUGAUUUUCAACUCAUCGAAUUCUUGGGCCAAAUGGUCGGCUCGUUCUCAACACGCAAUAAUUUUGACAGCGAUUUUCUCCCGGUCUUUAUGUUGAUCGCGUCGUUGAACUCACCAGUCUACGCUUCGAUUCCUCUGGAAGAUGUAACCGCUGUCGACGAUUUCAUGACACAUGUUGAUGACCUGAUGGCGCCUGUCGCCAGGCGUCCAAUGCGGGCCGGUUGGUUUCAAACCCAGAAUGAUUUCUACAAACUUCCACUCAGCGAGGAUGUCGUUGCUCGUACGAGCACCAUCGGCAUUGGGCCAAUCAAAUGGCGUUUCUUCUGGGCGCGGAUCGAGAAUUUCCUGUAUGUCUCCAGCAAGCCGGAAGUGCUGCAAGACCUUGUUGAACUUCACAAGCAGGGAGUCCAGGGACCCUCCGAUGAGAAGAGUUCAGCCCACGCGAUGGUCCGUAUUCGGCCUGAGAACUGGAAUGAAACAUUGUCGAACUUCCGACUCGGUUGGGCCGAAAGCCAUCGACAAGCCUGUUUUGACAACAUCGGUCGCCUCUCCAGCCUGCAGAGCUUGGCUCUGAAAAAGGGAGAUAAGUUUGAUGUCGAAUCUCGCCCUGAAUCGCUGUACGGCCUUGACUUCUAUUGCCCCUGUGGAGGGAGUUACUUCAUGGGAGAAGAACACAUGGAAUGCACGGUCCAUGGCAGCGCUUAUUCUCCCCGGCAGGCACUGUUAGGCCACGAGGAGGGAGCCAUCGACGAAGUUCUCGAUCACUUCGCGGGGCUCACAAUCGUCCUCAAGUUCCUGGAAGACGGUCUGCACGCGACGAUGACAGUCGAGCGUAAGUAA